AUGCACUUUUCCACCAUCGCUACCGUCGCCACCAUGGCCGCCGUUGCUGCCGCCGAGGCUCAGCCCUACCGCCUCGCCGUCAUGCCCGGCUUGAGCCUCAUGCGCCGCUCCACCGUUGGUUACAACCCCGAGACCACCAAGUGCGGUGCCGGCAACACCUGCGCUGAGGCCUGCGGCUCUGGCUUCGCCGACUGCCCUUCCAAGGACGGCGUCUCUCACUGCUACAACCCUGGUGCCAAGCAGAGCUGCUGCCAGGACGGCUCUGGUAACUCUUGCGACGACGGUUACUACUGCACCCACGACCACCAGGCCCAAACCUGGUGCUGCCCCAACAACCUGGAUCUCGCUGCUUGCGCCGCCGCCUUCAGCGUUUCCGGUGGUCUUGAGGCUGCUACUGCCACUCCUACUCCUACUCCUACGCCUACUCCUACGCCCACUCCUUCGCCCAAGCCUACGUCUACGUCUACGCCUACUCCUAGCUCUGCUCCCGCCAAGAAUACCACUACCGUCGCCAGCACCACGACCCCGGCUAUCAUCACCGAGACGAUUGACCUGACCACCACCAUCUGCCCCUCGGCUUCGGGCACUGGCCAUCCCAUCUACCCCGGCAAGAACACCACCGUUAUUGUUCCCGUCAUCCCUACUGGCGCGCACACCAGCCCUGCUGUCCUCCCUCCCGGCACCAACGCCGCUGCCGCCACUAGCUUCAGCGCUCUUCUUCUCGUUGCCGCCGGUGCCAUUGCUCUUCUGUAA